UUAGUGCUUUUUGGAGGACCACGUGACGCUUUUGCCUCUACAGCCUUCACAGGAAGUGCGCGGAGACAGAACUUCCGGUUGUGCGGUAAACAUGGCGGCGCUGUGCAGGGUCGUGUCGGGGCUCCGGUAUCGGGUCCGGCUCUCCCCCCGGUUCCUCCGGAACUCCUUCAGCUCGGAUUCGGGCCCCGCCGAGAGCCCGAUCUCCGGGUUCUCCGCCGCCUUCGACCACCAGGAGGUGCUCCGGCGGGAGACACAGAGCAACGCGGCCGGGCCAAAGGCCUCCUCUUUGGAUCCGGAGCUCAGCUUCGCUGCGCUGCUUCGUCGGUCCCCGCUGAUCCAGAUGGGCCCAGCCAAGGACGCGGUGGUGGUGGGCAGGUUGUUCCGGGUGGUCCGCGACGACCUCUACAUCGACUUCGGUGGGAAGUUCCACUGCGUGUGUCAGCGGCCGGCCGGGGCCGACGGCCUGCAGCCGGGCUCCAGGGUCCGUCUGCGGCUGCAGGACAUGGAGCUCACCGCCCGCUUCCUGGGAGCCAGCACCGACACCACGCUGCUGGAGGCCCAGGCAGUGCUGCUGGGCCCGCUGGACGGACGGGAGCACCAGAUCCGGGACUGAGGCUGGAACGAGGUGGACUGUGGCCUACGGGUGGAGGACUCUGGUUGUUCUUGUGCGCACCGAGGCUCAGCAGGGCCCGAAACAAGGACUGAAUUAAACAGAUUUAUCACGUGACGUUUGACUGUGCUGAAUGACCCCUGACCCCGGUCACGUGACAUUGCUGGAGCUGAUGGCUGCUGUCACUGUUCGUUAUCAUCAACACUGAAACUGACCAAUCACGGAACUGUGAUGUCAUAACUUUGCAGUGUGUUUGUAAAAGUCUGUCAUGGAAAAAUCAUCGCAGCUGUUUUCUUUAUUUCUGCAAUAAAUAAAUGUGUGAUCGACGUUCA